UCUCAUCUCUGUGUCUUUCUGUCACUCUUUGCUCUUAACUCCUGCACAGUGGAGAGGAACAUCAGCGAUGGAGGUCCAACAGGACCAUACAGGAGACAAAGCUGACUUGGAGCCAUCGGGGUCCUCAACAGAGACAGAUCGCUUUGGAUUCAUAUUGGGGAAUGGAAUCAAUGCUGGGGAGGGGCCCUCACCUGUCCUGGUGAGGCACAGGGAGGUGAAGUGGCUCAGCAUUAUCAGUCAGUGGGACGAUGUCUCUCAGCGGAGGAGCAGCAAGGUCAAGGGUCAGUGUCAGAAAGGUAUCCCAGCAUCGCUCAGAGCAAAGUGUUGGCCACUGCUGUGUGGGGCCAUGCAGAGGAUGGGCUACAAUGUAACGCUGUAUCAGACUCUGGAUGAGCAGGAGGCCUUGCAGAACUGGGUGGACGUAAUAGAGAGAGACACAGACAGACAGUUUCCCUUCCAUGAGAUGUUUCUGUCAAAAGACAGUCAUGGGCAGCGUGAGUUAUUUCGAGUGCUGAAGGCGUACACUCAGUUCCGUCCUGAUGAGGGCUACUGUCAGGCCCAAGGCCCCGUUGCCGCGGUGCUGCUGAUGAACAUGCCUACUGAGGAGGCUUUCUGGUGUCUAGUGCAGAUCAGUGAGCUGUACCUGCCCGGCUACUACAGUCCUCUGCUGGAGGGUGUUCUGUUUGAUGCCGCCAUGCUCCCCUGGGUUCUGAAGAGGGCGUGUCCGGCAGCCCACAGGCACCUGCAGCGGCAGGGCGUGGAGCCGCUGAUGUUCGCCACCGAUUGGCUGAUGUGCCUCUACACCCGCCACCUGCCUUUCAACACGUUGCUGCGGGUCUGGGACCUGUUCUUUUGCUCUGGCGUGCGGGUGCUGUUCCAGGUGGCGGUGGUGCUGGUGCGGCGGGUGCUGGGCCGCGGGGACCAGAGGGAGGAGUGUGACGGCCAGAUGGAGACCCUGGAGCGCCUGAGAGGGGUCAAGGACUACCUGCAGCGUGAGGACACAGACGCUUUCAUCCAGGAGGUAUGCUCAGUGUCCCUCUCUGAGAAAGACCUGCAGCGAAGGACCGAGAGAGAGCUGGAGAAAUGGAAGAAGGAGCGGCCAAACUCCACCUUUGACCCCCGUGGCCGUUGCCAUGGAUACCUGAUGGCAUGGGAGAGGGUGAAAGAGUUGGAAGAGAAGAGAGAAAAGAAAGAAAAGAAAGAGGAGAAAGGAAACCUGUCCCUAUCCUUGCCCCUCCAUCGAUCAUCAUCCUCCCUCUCGCCGUCGCUCCUACGGAAGAAGUGGAAAAAGAGAGGUAGCAAGGUCACAGACGACAGCGAGGGGAGUACAUUAGAUCUGAGGCUCUCCCACGGAGAUAAGCAAGAGAAGAAGCCCAGAAAUGACAGUAUUAGCAGCAUCAGCAGCAUGGUGGGUACUCACAGGGCUAAACCUGACAUACGCACGGAGGAACCUGGCGUAAUUACACAAAUUCCGGAUCCUUCAAAAGAAGGCAGACACUUCAGAUCCUCCUCAGAUGGAAGCAUAAUUGUAGCGAGGUCAGCAGAGGCUCAAACACGCAGACACACGGAGGAGCCCGGUAAACCGCCCGAUCGGACCAGUGGGAUGACAGCACCAAAAGAGGGGCCUUCAGAGUCAGAUGAAAACACAGAGGAAGGGUGUAGUGAGAAGGUAGAGACUCAAAACAGUGGCGAGGAGAGAGAAGAACAACAAAAGAAUCAACAAAAGGAUAUCCCAGCGCAGGAAAGUCAGACUGUGAAUGAUGGACAGGCAGAGCAAACAGAGGCAGAGGAAAAUAAACAACCCAAGGAAAUACAAACAGAGAAAGCUAAAGUGGAUAACAAAAUUCAAAUACUGAAGGAUAGGGAGAAGGAAAUAAUUGUGGAGGAGAAAGAGGAAAUGCAGAUAGUGAAGGAUGAACCAAUAGAAGAAAUUCAGGAAGUGAAGGAUAAUGUGGAAGAGGAAACACAGACAGUGAAAGUUAAAGAAGACGGGGAAAUGGAGACAAUAAAAGACAAACACGAAGAGGCAAUGCAGGCAGCAAAAAAUAAACCAGAGGAAGGAAUGCAGACAGUCAAGGAGGAGCAGGAGGAGGAAACAAUAGUUAUAGAUAAACAGGAAUUACAGAGUUCAGAAUUAGAGGAAACACAAUCGCAGAUAGACCAGCGUGAUGAGGCACAUGACAGUCCAGAGGCAGAGGAGGUCAGCACUGGUCAGGAGGAGUGGAAAGGGCAGGCAGAGGAGGAGCAAGAGAGUGGGGAAACACAAACAUCACACAGUCAGAGGGGAGAGGUUGGGCAGACAAACACGGAAGAAGAAGUCACACAUACACAGGAUACACGCAAAGACUUGCACACACACAAAGGUGAACAGGAAGAUGGAGUGGAAGUGUGCAGCACUGGCAGACCAGAGGAGGAAGAGGUGCAGUCUGACGAGGAGGAUGUGGAGAGAGAGGGUGAAGAGGACGAAGAAGAAACAGAUGCAUCAUCACUCAACCAGGACGCGCAGCCGCAAGCCUCAGCAUCCUCACUCGGCACAUCUUGUCAGGAGGGCUCAACUUCCGACCCCGUGCCCCCUCCGCCACAGAGCUCACCGGGCACGGAUUGCAGCUCCGCGCCGGAGAACUCACAACCAGAUGUGGGACCUCUGGUGGAAGGUGACGACCAGCACACUCGUAGUCCCCUCACGGACCAGCACGGCAAGGUCCUGACCGCAGCGGAACCAGCCGUUGAAGAACACGACCAACCGCAAGCGAUCGAGGCGAUGACGGAGGCGACGGAGGAACAGCCAGAGGGCAAAGGUCAGGAGACACAGGAACACAUGGUAGUGAUGGUGGAGACGACGGGGAGCCUUCAAGAGGAAGCUGCUGUUAACACCUCAGAAAUUGCAGCACAGGAGACCGGCUCAUCAUUUUCGAGACCACAGUCGCUAACAACUGACGCCAGUGAAACACCAGAGUCGAUGACAGCCAGUGGAGGAGGCGAACCAACAGAGACAGUGCAGCUUAUGACUCUACCACAGUCUACAAAUACCGCACAACUCACACAGACAGACACGAGCACACAACCUCACGGCUCACAGAUCCAUCAAGACAAUCUGGUUGGGUCAGUACAACAUAGACUUAGUCAGUCGGAAAAUACACCACACACUGAAGAGACAGAGGACCACACUGACGCAGUUACCUGCAGAGAAGAAAUGAAAGCUAGGUCUGAAGGAGAGAUCUCUGAAACUCAGGAGGUCAGUUUAUCACAGAAUAACCCUGACCAAACAGAUUUGAAAGAGUUAGAAAAUGAAAAUGAAAGUGACACAGGCAUAACAGAGAAAGUAUUUGCUGAGGCAAAGCAAGAACAAGCUGGGACAGAGGAGACAUCUGGCUCACUCAACUGUGAUAGGCAGUCCAGGGCUGAGAGGGAUUCUGUGGCAUCUCUCAGUGGUGCAGAGGGGGCCGACGUCACUCCCGUCUCAGAGCCACCUGCAGGGGGAACCAAGGCUGCUGAACCACAGCUUCCUGCCUCUGGGCAGGUCCGCCUGCGGAAGUACUCCAACUCCAGGUCCUCCUAUCCCAGAGUUCUCUCGGAGGACAUCUUCAAAGAUCCAAAGGACAUACCGCUGCAGGACAGCACCCCACCACAACCACAGAGUCCACCACAGACAGACGAACCUAGUGCGACGUCCACGGCACUGCCCAGCCACUCUCCUGCCUCUCAGUCAAAAAAUUCCUCACACACACAAGGAACCACGCAAACUCCAAAACACGCUUCUUCACCCUCGAAAUCACAAACCUUGACCCCUGCAGACACGGGGAAGUUGACUGAUAACCCUAAGCGCAUGGGCCUCUUCCAGAGACUACGCGGGGGUACACCCAAAGUAACCAUCCCCAAAAUCCUCAUCCAGGAUUUCAGUGAAGACGCCGAAGAGGAAGCAAAACUUAGUUCUAAAGAAAGGAGGAAGCAGAAGAGGGAGAGGGAGAGAAGAGAGAAAGAGGAAGAGAAAUUGAGGAAAAAACGAGAGAAAGAGAUGGAGAAAGAGCUGGACAAAGAGCGCAAAAAACCCCAGACGAGAGGGAAAAGUUUUCAGCUGCCAAGCAGUACAUUCAGGGGCAAAGACAGUACCCUUAAAAGGAGUGAUUCCCAGACUUUAGUAACUAGGAGGUGUAACUCUGAAAGCUACUUCUAAGAGACAGAGGGAGAGACACACUGACUUUUCACAUUGAAUAUUUAAAUAAUAAGACUACAGAGAACAGAGAAAAUAAAACAUUUUAAUCGUUCUGUACAGUGAUUUGAAUGGCCAACCAUUGUUCUUUCCUUUACCUUCAACUGAAAUUACACUGACAUUGAUCAUAAUUAAAAUGUGCAUGUCUUGGUGUGAG